CGCCGUUCUUGGUUCUCUCUCUCUCUAUAUCUCCUUCUCCAAAUAAUCUCUUCUUAUGCCAUGGCUUCUGCCCACGGAGAAGUCAUGUGGCCAAGACUGGUGGCCAACAAGAUUCUAAGGAAGAGAGUCGGGAGCAAUAACUUCGUCGCCGACUUCCCGACCAACUCAGAGAAACUUCUAGAAGCUUCUAUAUUAGACGAGCGGCCUUCCUUCUCAGCCAACCCCGCUUUCUUUGAUCCUCGAAAGAUCGCACACGACUACAAAGUUUUUGUUAGCACAUGGAACGUCGGUGGCAUCGCCCCGGAUGAUGGGCUUGACAUGGAAGAUCUACUGGAAACAAAUAAAACCCCAUGUGACAUAUACGUACUCGGGUUUCAAGAGAUCGUGCCUCUGCGAGCUUCAAGCGUUCUCGGGUCGGAGAACAACAAAGUUUCUGCGGAAUGGAACUCGAUGAUAAGAGAGGCUCUGAACAAGAAGAGAGUAGUACGUCGUCACCAGGAGAAGACUGGCGGCACUGAAAAAGAAGGCGGCUUGUCAGAAUCAAAGGGCAUUAACGGUAUUUCUCAAGAUUUCCGGUGUGUCAUAAGCAAACAGAUGGUCGGAAUAUUGAUCUCCGUCUGGGUCCGGAAUGAUCUCCGGCCGUUCAUCAGUCAUCCUAGCGUCUCAUGUGUUGGAUGUGGGGUCAUGGGUUGUUUAGGAAACAAGGGAGCGGUGUCAGUCAGGUAUAAAUUGCACGAGACGAGCUUUUGCUUCGUAUGCGGCCAUCUGGCCUCCGGUGGACGUGACAAAGACGGAAAGAAAAGAAACUCCGACGUCGCCGACAUCUUAUCAAGAUCGAGUUUCCCCCGAGGCCCUUCUCUUGAUUUGCCCAAAAAGAUUCUUGAUCAUGACCGAGUGAUUUUACUUGGAGAUUUGAACUAUAGAAUUUCCUUGCCAGAGGAGAAGACAAGAUUGUUGGUAGAAAAACAAGAAUGGAACAUCUUAAUUGAAAACGAUCAGCUAAGAAUGGAGAUUAUGAACGGCGAAACAUUACAAGGAUGGAAAGAAGGAAAUGUGAAAUUUGCCCCAACGUAUAAAUAUAUUCCGAAUUCGGAUAUAUAUUAUGGAUGCAUUAAACAAAGAAAAGAAGAGAAAAAACGAGCUCCGGCAUGGUGUGAUCGGAUAAUUUGGUACGGAGAUGGACUGAAGCAACAUGUGUAUACCAGAGGGGAAUCGAAGAUAUCUGACCAUAGACCCGUUAAAGCAGUAUUUACCACCAAAGUCGUAGUUUUGCGUUGUUCUAAUACAUUUCGCAAUUUAUUUCUUUCAGACAGAUUCGAUAAAAAAAAAACCGACCCACUUGAAAUAGAAUCGACAGAUUACCCGUGGAUUUCUAUGUAACAAAACAAGACUUAAGUAUCCGAAUAUAUAUUU